GCAAUGUCUGGAAUCCUGAACGCGAUCUCCCGUGCAUCAAACCUCAUUUCCGCCUCCCUCGCACCUGUCGACACAGAUGGCGGGUCGCUCAAGGCUCCUCCUGGUAUCCUAGCAAGGGGGAUUUCAGAAAUUGAGGGCCUGGUGAGGUCCGGCAGUGCUGUUGGGCCUUCGGACCUCCCAGCCUUGCUGGACGCCAUCCAGAACCUUAAUGGACCGGGGAUCGAUGAUAGGUUGUUUCUGUUGGAGAAAUUGCUUGUGCUUAUGUCCCGCAUGCCUGCGGACAGCGCUAUCAACCAGAAAAUGCAGGCGUUCUUCAUCGACACGCUGUACAAGGACCUGCCUCACCCGCCUUCUGCGUACCUAGCUCCCGCACCCCUCAUAAGCCCCGAUCCGCAUCCCAAACGGGCAUACAACUACCGCUCGACCAAUGGGGAUAACUAUAGCCAGGCGAUCCCUCUCCUGGGGCGUGCGGGCAUGCCUUACUCGCGUACGGUGCCCUCCGCCUCCUGUGUGCCUCCCUCGUCACUCCCUGACCCGGGGCUUGUGUUUGAUCUGCUCCUCUCUCGCCCUGCUGGCAAGUUUAAACCCCACCCCGGCGGGCUCAGCAGCCUCUUCUUUGGCAUGGCGAACCUGGUCAUCCAUUCCAUCUUUGACACGAACAGGACCGACUGGAACAUCAACGACACCAGUAGUUACAUCGAUCUUAGUCCCCUGUACGGGAACGGGGUGAGCAAGAUGAAGGCCCCGCCCGAGGCGCUGCGCAGGUUUGAUGGCACUGGUAGGCUCCAUGAGGAUGUGUUUGGCGACGCUAGGCUCCUGUUUAUGCCCCCUACCACCGCCGUACUCCUGGUCCUGUUGUGUCGCAACCACAAUUACAUAGCUGAGAAGAUUCUGAGCAUUAACGAGAAUGGAACGUACCUGAACCCACCUCCCCAUGAUGAAACUGCUCGGCGGGCACAGGAUGACGAGAUAUUUGAGCGCACCAGGCUCGUGAACUCUGGAUUCUUUGCGAGGGUCGUGCUGUACGACUAUGUCGGGGGGAUCCUGGGUAUGACUAGGGACGGCAGCGCGUUCAGGUUGAACUUGGAUCAGCAAAUCAGGCGUUCCGACCAUGAGAUUGCACCGUUAGGGGAAGGUAACCAGAUCUCGGCCGAGUUUAACCUCUUGUAUCGCUGGCACGCGUCCACCUCUGCACCGGACAAGGAAUGGAUCGACGACACAUUCAAGACCAUUCUCCAGGGCAAACCGUACAACCAAGUCACAGUCGAGGACUUCACCACCGCUGCUGGGAAGUUCAUGAGGCCAAACGAUCCCGAUCCGAAGAAGUGGGAGUUCGGUGGACUCAAACGCGAUCCUGUCACGCUCCGGUUUGACGAUGCUGCACUCGCUAAGAUCCUGAAGGACGCGACCGAGGCCCCAGCACACGCAUUUGGCGCGCGUCAGACACCUGAGGCCCUUCGUGUCGUCGAGAUUAUGACUAUCCUACAAGGUCGUUCUUGGGCUGUGUGCACGCUGAACGAGUUUAGAUCCUUCUUCGGUCUGAAGCCAUAUGCUAACUUCAAGGAAUGGAAUCCCAAUCCGGAGAUCUACAACGCCGCACAGGCAUUGUACGGCCACAUAGACAGGCUCGAGCUGCAUGUUGGUCUCCAGGCAGAGGAAGCGAAAGGAGCGAUGCCCGGAGCUGGUCUCUGCCCCAGCUAUACUGUAUCUCGGGCUAUCCUCGCCGAUGCUGUCGUGCUUUGCCGCGCUGAUCCUUACCUGUCGAGCGAGUUCACUCCGUACAACUGCACUGCAUGGGGUUAUCAAGACUGUGCCAUGAACCCGAACGACGGGUCGUUUGGCGGUGCGCUCACGAAGCUUAUGCUCCGCCAUCUUCCUGGCCAGUACAAGACAGCCGACGCCUAUGUACACUUCCCCUUCCUUGUGCCAAACGAAGUCCGCAGGACCAUGGAGUUGCGCAAGGACCCCAUGGUGCACAAAUACGAUUGGAAGAGGCCGGUUGCGCAAACGACCGUGCCUGCCGGCACUGGCAUCAAGACGCUCAACCUGAUCACACUACCCGCACAGAAUGAUCGGAUCACGAAGCUCAUCGGGAAAGGCAAGAUUAACCGUGCCCUGGUCAACCAACAGCUCCUCGCGUACCUCUCUCAGCCCAAGACCGACGAUAUCUUCGCGGAGAUCACCAAGAAACUUAUCGACGAGAACUCGGUCCUUCGUCCGGGGUUCAGCUCGAAGCAAGUUGAUAUCGUCCAGACGGUUAUCAACAUGGUCCCCGUGUACUUUGUUGCUAACUAUAUUCUUGGUCUCCCCCUCAAGACCACCGCGAAUCCGCACGGAGUGUAUCGUCCCGAAGAGCUCUAUGCGAUGUUUGCGAAUGCUGCAGAUUAUAUCCUUUACGAUCAGGAUGCGCCUGACCAGUGGUGCAUGUGCGACAACGCGACUGGAUGUGCGGAUAUGAUGAGGAAGGAGAUAUCUGCUAAUCUUGAUAGAUUAGCUUAUGGCGUGUGGUCGAUCACCGGCCUUGUCGAUACUGUCGCGGACAUGUGGGCCUCUAAGACGAAUCAAAGUGAUACCUUCCUCUCUACCCUCCUGUCCGCGGGCAAGAAGACAGGCAUGACCGUCCCCGACAUUUCUGCGUCUCUGUUUGCGGUUGUGAUCCCUUCGGUUCCGCAGUUCUCAGCCGUUGUGACGCAGCUUCUCGACUUCUGGCUCAGCAAGGACCAGACGAGCAAGAAGACGGACCUUGCGCAGAUGGCGGCUGCUGGGCCUGGUAUGAACCCACAGAUUGCGGCGUACGCCAAGCAGGCUAUCAAGUCGAUUCCUGCCCUUACCCCUACUGAUGCCAGUGCCAUCAAUGGCUCAAUGGCUGUGGCCAACCCGCUGAACUCUAUCGAAGGAUUGAUGAGCGAAAAGAUCUUUGACAAGACCGCACCUGUCGUCCUCCGUUCGAUCUUCAGCCUGCGCAAUGUCCGCCGUGCCCCUGGCCAGUCAGGUUUCCUGCCCAUGUUCACUCAGACGGUUCUGGACCAGCCUCAGACUUUCUUUAUCAACAACGAGAGCGGUCUGAGCCCGUGGCCCACGAGGCUUAUGAUCCAAUAUGACGCGUAGAACACAUGAUCCGCCGAAUACCGGCCAAAUUAUGAAAUGGGUACCCUGCAGAUAGAUAAUGUAAUUCUUUCCUCCGCGCGACUGCAAUUCAU